UGACAGUUUGACUGUAAUGCAAAACGAAAUAGUCACGUGACCAAACGCGGAACUCGGGUCGAAAGGAGCGGAGGGAGCAGAGACGUGCUGCUGCUCGCGCUCUUCCUCGCUGUCGACCGACAGUCCAGGUCCAUGAUCAGCCGCGGACGCAUGUUAGAAAAGUCAGGGUAGAUUUGAGGUCACUGUGUGCGAUGAACAGGCUGUGACUGUGUCAUACAACAUCCUGUGACCAUGGCUGCUGCGAAGAAAAGUGGAGUGAAGGUGGGAGGUGUACGCUUCUCAGAAAAGCCACCCGCUGCCAGUGCCACAUCUCACGUGCACUUUGACGAGAAACUGCAUGACUCUGUUGUCAUGGUGAUCCCAGAGGAAGAUGGCAACUUCAAAGUCAAGGUGGGUUUCCUGAAGACGCAGCACCGCUAUGAAAUUACCUUCACUCUGCCAGAGGUCCCAGCUCUGGGAAAAGACGUGUGUCCAGCUCCAAUACCAAGUCCACACUUGCGCAUAACCGACAUUACACCUGCACCUGAAGGGGGCCUCAAGAUAACAUGCCAGUACAUGGCCCAAGAGGAGGGGGUGCUGUGUGAAGAGGUGCAACUGGUCAGCGAGGCCAGCGGUGAUGUGUGUGUCAGGGUCAAAGUUCAUGCCAGAGUUAUGGAGCGUCACCAUGGCACGCCCAUGUUGCUGGAGGGAGUCCGCUGCAUCGGGGUGGAGUUGGAGUACGACUCCGAGCAGAGUGACUGGCAAGGAUUUGACUAGACGUCUGCCAAACAUUGUCUCUCUCACACACACACACUUUCCGAGAUGUUUUCAGUUUUCACAUUCUCACACAAUUUGUUGCCAUAGUGAUGAUCAAGCAUCCAAUAUGUUUUGCUUUCUCCUAUUCACACUGACACUGGAUCAUUCCCUCAUCAUUUGACUAGUUUGUCCCCUAUUCGUCCACUUGAGUGCAGCAUCGGCCUUUUACUUUUUGCCCUAAAGACAAUGGCUAGGCAAUCCACCCCCUGCUGCCACAGCUGCACCAAUAAAGUGGUCCAGGAGAAGAAAGAAGGUUUUUGGGUCUCUCAGACAUGUUCACCUGCAUGGCAGUUGGAACGUGGUGUAGUUGGGUAGCAGUAUGUCUGACAUCUUCAUUGACUCCUGUCAUGCAAGAGUCACAGACUUUCUGUCCAGACCCCGUGAGUGUGUUUCACUCAUGUAUAAGUGCAAUUCGGGCCCCAUGUAUUCUUAUUUGUUUGUCGCUUGGUCUUUCUUUGGCCAAAUUGAGAUGUUUUGACCUCUUUAGAUGGGAACUGUUCCAAAAACUUGUGAAGUAAUGAUCUGUUUUUGUCCUUUUUUUCCUAAACUGUCUACCAUACAUUUGUAAUGUGUUCUUGCACAUCUCAAAAUGCAUUCAAAAAUGCUGCUCCAAAUUUGGACAAUACUGUUUUUACCAAUUCUGUUGUGAGCCUAUCUGUUAACGUGCCAAAUGAUGACCCCACUAUAAUUGUUCAAGUGCAUUUUAGUUUUCCUUUCUAUUUGCUUUCGUAGACUCCACACUGUUGUUCUUUAUAUUUCGAUUUAAUAAGUGUCCGCUCUCAUUUGUCAUCUAGGAAAAUAAGGAGUCAAGUUGAGUGACGUUUUGGCGCGGCACUACCCUAUUUGUCCUCAAGGGGGCGCUGCAGACCGACCAUGCCCCUGCUGUUUGCUCUACAUCAUUUUGAAUAGUCCAUGUCUAUUAUUUCUUGUAUUAUUAUUUUUUUGUCUGCAGCACAUUGAAUGUGCCCAGUUCAUUCUGACAACAACAUAAUAUUGGGAGAAAAAAUAGUCUUCGUUCAAAUCGGGUCAUUUUGUCUUUCUUUUUUCUAUACAGUUUGUUCUCUGACUUCAGUAACCCAACACUGUUUUCAUGUUUAUUUUGGUGAGUUUACCGUAUAAGGCAGGGAUUUUCCGCAUUAUCUAAAUCAAUACUGAUUUUAAAAAAAAGGAUAGUUCAAUCCUGUUUGUGAAAUCGAGGUGUUUACUGUUAAUCUCUGCAUGUUCAGUGUUGAUUUUGAGGUGAAAGUGUGUGUUCAAACUAGCCAAACGUCCCUGUUGAUAUCGCGCCGCCCUGAGAUCAUGACGGAAGUGCCUUCAGUCCUCCUGCAGUCCUCCUGUCUUGCAACGCUCCUGCCAAACAAACUCUGGAUCCUCUCCAGCGGUCAGUCCUUCGCCCUCCCUCUCAGCCGCUGCUCCUCACAAACGGAACGGAACACGAUUAAGUGCCACGAUCGGUUUUGCACUGCCAUGUCUGUGCUUGGAGAAAUCCCCAGUUUUCUGAGGUCUGUUGUGUGCGCUGCUCGCAGUUUAUAGGUCAAAGUGAGUUUUUUGUUCCCGCUCUGUAUGCAACUGAUGUUCGUUGAGAAUGUAGCAGGUGUUUGUGUGUGCGUGUUUUUGAUGUUUAAAAUGAAUAAAAAACGAGUUUGGAUUGUG